UUCUGCUUCUGCACAGGCUGCAUCCCAUGGCUCCUCUUCAGCGCACUGCAUUCGCGACGCGCGCCAUCCAUCAAGACUCGGAGCUCUCUGGCGCCGAGGUCGCUGCGAGCCUCUCGCUGUCGACCACGUUCCGGCACCCGGAUCCCGAGGUGGACGGUGUCGAGCCCGGCUACGACGACGAGUGGGACCCGUCGAGGCCGAGCAGGGACGUCUACUCUCGCGAGACCAAGCCGACGACUACUCGUGCCGAGCAUGUGCUCUCGAGCAUCAUCGGGCAGCCCACGAUCCUCUUCCCGUCGGGCAUGGCCGCCUUCUGGGCGAUUCUUCUUCACGUGCGACCCGACAUCAUCGCCAUCACGGGCGGCUAUGGAGGGUGCCACGAGGCCAUCAAGAUCUACCGCCGCACGAAGGGCGAGGACCAAGUGCAGCUCAUCCAGCUCGACGACGAGUACCCGCACGGCAAGAAGCUCCUCGUCUGGGUCGAGACUCCGCUCAACCCUUUGGGCACCUCGCGCUCGCUCGACAAGUACGCCAAAAGGGCUCACGCUGCUGGCGGCAUCCUCGGCGUCGACUCGACAUUUGGUCCUCCCCCUAUGCAGGACCCGUUCAAGUGGGGCGUCGAUAUCGUCAUGCACAGCGGCACCAAAUACCUCAACGGCCACAGCGACCUUCUCGCAGGCACUGUGAGUGUGCGCGACAAGGCCGACUGGCUCAAGCUGUGGAACGACCGCACCUUCACGGGCGCAAACAUCGGCUCUCUCGACGUGUGGCUCCUCCUGCGCUCGCUGCGCACCCUCGACGUCCGCGUCAAGCGCCAGUCCAAGACGGCGACCCGGCUCGCGCAAUGGCUCGCGACCCAGGUUGGCGGCGGCGUCGUCGACAAGGUCUACCACACGUCGCUGCAGGACAAUGCCGACGAGCUGCUCGGGCCGGGCAAGCAGAUGGAGCUCGGGCCGGCGUGCUUCAGCGUCGUACUCAAGAGCAAGGACAUGGCGAGCCGGCUCCCGAACAAGCUCAAGCUCUUCAUCCACGCGACCUCGCUCGGCGGCGUCGAGUCGCUCAUCGAGCACCGCAUCAUCUCGGACCCGUCCGAGAACCCUUGUCUCGUCCGUCUCUCGAUCGGCCUCGAGGACUUUGACGACCUGAAGGACGACUGGGAGCACGCGAUGCAGGCCGUUCGGCAGUGAACUUCUCAGAUUCUCUAUGUAGCCUCUUCCGUGCAACUCUGAGCGAUACCUGGCCGG